AUGUACACUUCUGAGUUGCUGUGUGCGGCCACUUGGUUGCUGAGCACGGUGUCCGCUGCUCCUGCUCCUGCUUCCAUUGAGAAGCAACAAGCGUUGGCGGAAACGCAACAUUCGCUGCCAACACAUCAUCGACAUCCGCAGGCGAAUUAUCCGUUUGAGAAAGAUCCGUAUGAUCGGAAGCAUGAUACUUAUGGGGAUGGGGUUCAGCCUUCGCCUCGUCGGAAUGGACUUGGAACCAGUGUCCUAGGACCCGUCAAUGCCGAUCGUGACCGUCAGAAUCCGGAUCUUGUCCGACCACCUAGCACAGAUCAUGGCAUCCUGCCCAACCUGAGGUGGUCAUUCUCCGACUCCCACAUCCGCAUCGAAGAUGGAGGCUGGACUCGUCAAACGACUGUCCGUGAAUUGCCAGCCUCAUCCGAGAUCGCCGGUGUGAACAUGCGGUUGGAAGAAGGCGUGAUUCGUGAGCUUCAUUGGCACAAGGAAGCCGAAUGGGCGUACGUGCUCGCCGGCAGGGUCCGCGUCACAGCUCUCGACAUUGAAGGCGGCUCUUUCAUCGACGACCUCGAAGCCGGUGAUCUCUGGUACUUCCCAUCCGGCCACCCUCACUCCCUGCAAGGUCUAGGCGAGAACGGCACGGAAUUCCUCCUGGUCUUCGACGACGGCAACUUCUCCGAAGACUCCACGUUCCUGCUGAAUGAGUGGAUCGAGCAUACGCCCAAAGCUGUGGUAGCGGAGAACUUCCGUCUGCCUCCGGAGAUCUUUGCGAAUAUCCACGAGAAGGACAAAUACAUUUUUCGCGGAUCCGUGCCGGACUCCAUCGAGAAGGAGAAGCCUGCGGCGUUCAAGAAGUCCAAGCACAUGUACACUCAUCAUAUGCUUGAGACGCCUGCAGUGCACGGCAGUGGAGGUAAAGCGCGGAUUGUUGACAGCAAGAACUUUCCCAUCUCGAAGACUAUCGCGGCGGCGCAUCUUGAUAUCGAACCGGGUGCGCUGAGAGAGAUGCACUGGCAUCCUAAUGCCGAUGAGUGGUCUUUCUUCCUCAAAGGCCGCGCUCGAGUCACCAUUUUCGCCGCCGAAGGUAAUGCCCGCACAUUCGACUACAUGGCGGGAGACGUCGGCGUCGUGCCACGCAACAUGGGCCACUUCAUCGAGAAUCUGAGUGACGAUGAGCCGUUGGAGGUGCUGGAGAUCUUCCGCGCAGAUGAAUUCCAAGACUUCUCCCUCUUUCAGUGGAUGGGCGAGACGCCGCAGCGCUUGGUGAAGGACCAUCUGUUCCUGCACGAUCCGAAGUCGGGAGAGAAGUUUGUCAAGGCGGUCGAGAGCGCGAAGAAGGAUGUGAUCAAGAGUCAGUAUGAGAAGUCGCCUGGCUUGGAAAAGGAUGACUUGUAG